CAAUGAAAUUGCUCCCGUUCUUGGGUAUGAUGGAAAUCUUACUGUGACAGGCAUUCAUGAUUUGAUUAACGAGGCACCAACGAUAACGCGUCUCGAUCAUAAACAAGCCCAUCCGACAUUUGGAGAUGUAUCCUCAAUAUUUAAGGAUCCGCUAACCGGAAUCAACCUUGUACUUGGAAAUAACCCAGAUCAACAGGCUGGUCUCUUUGCACAAAAUCCCCUUCUCCUAAGUUUUCAUCGUAACGCGUCGUUGGCUCCGCUUGCUCCAGUUUUAGAGAGUGAGAUCAGUCAGGGGCUGGGAACACUUUUUCAAAACUCGGACCAAAACUACACAACAUCUGGCCUUCACUCAAAUAUUGGCAACGUAUUGCACGAUUUUUUGGGACAGACUUUGAAUCGAUCCGUUUCAUCACUGGUCUUUCCCAAUGGAAUACCUAAACCAAGUCAAAAUCAGAUGACGUCUAUCAAACCUGGACCAACCAAACCACCCGGGUACACAUGUAAGAAGAGAGUCAUGAUGGUGGAAGAAGUCAUCUAUGAAGAGUCUGUCAAAUGCGAGGACAUCGUCGAAGAAGAGUGUUUCCCCAGCUAUCGCACAAUCUACCAACCCAUGAAGGUUGAAGAGUGUGAAACUAUCUUUAAAAAGGUUUGCUACAUCGCCUUUAAGAAUGUGGCCCGUGAAAAGUCAGUUCAAAUUUGCCAAGAAAAGAAAUCCAGGGAUUGUAACUUGAAAGGGCAGGAAACCUGCACAUUAGAGGAGGAGACUGUGUGCGAAACCUUCAAGGAUCCAACUAUGAGGACAUCAUGCCAAAUGAAAAUGGAAAGGGUCUGUGACUACGACUAUCAAGGAAGACCAAUCAAUUGCGUUCAAAUCCCUAAAAGGAAAUGUCGCGGUCGGCAAGCCAAGGCGCUCGACAUUGGCCCACCACAGACCGAGUGUUACAACUUUCCAAGAAAGAUAUGCGGACCCGAAGUUUGUCCCCUCGUGACCGUACCUAAUGUCUGUGAGAUUAGGAAUGAAACGGUGAUCCAAGAAAUCCCGGAUGAAGAAUGCAAAAUGGAGCCUCAAAAAGAGUGUAGAGUUGUGACAAAGAUAGUCCCUAAACUGGAUACACAAGAGGAUUGCGUUGAAGUACACAAGGAGAUAUGUAACAAUGUUAGAAAUCCAGUCAAGGUCAGAAAGCCUUCGAUUCGAACCUGGUGUGGGAUCAUCCCACAAGAAACUUCAAUGCCAAAAAAGGAGCUCAGAACCAAGUUGUUUGUUGCAUUGGGUUGCGAUGAACUUGAAAAUCACAUCACGGACGUCGAAAUCAUCGCUCUUUCGAAUCAAAAUCCACCUGAUUUCAAAAUGAACCUGAGUUCUCGAAUCAUCAAUGACCCGUCAGACUUUCCUCACCCCAGCAACUCGAAUCCAAUUGGAGGCUUUAUCGGUGGCAAACCUUGGGUCUGUGCAGGUUUCCAUAGAGAGGGCUUCUGCACGUUCUUCAAUCCUGAAGCCAAUAAGUGGGAGAUCAGUCUAAAAUUGGAGACCCUCCGCUCAUCACCAGGCUCCUUUGUGGACGAGGCCAAUGACCAGCUUUGGAUCACUGGAGGAUUUUCAGUCAAGUCCAAUGCUCUUCUAAACUCGACCGAGAUUCUCGUUAAGGGAGAAAAUAUUGCCCAAGGACCAGAUUUACCACUUCCCCUCAUGGCUCACUGUGCAGUGAAUGUGAAUUCAACACAUUACAUGUUGAUUGGUGGCUUCGGCAAAUCAUAUUCAUCAACUGACCAAGUGCAUCUGGUCCAAAAAGAGACUGGACAUAGCCAAGAAAUGGACAGUUUGAUUUUGGGUAGAGUGUUCCAUACGUGUGGCAAAAUUGAGAGUACGCGAGGGCCCGAAAUUGUGGUCAUUGGAGGAAUCUCUUACGACGGAUUGGCCAAUCAUCUACCAAUUGAGGUAUUUUCGUUGACUACAAAGAAUUGGAGGACGGAGGGAGUCACUUCGCAAAAUCUUACCCAAGUGGUUAGCGUGGAAUUCAACUCGACCUUACUGAUUGUCGGCGGGUUUUCACCUGAUAAUAUUUUCGAGCUAAACAAAGAAACAUUCGAAUUGAUGCCAAGAAAAGAAGUUUUGGCACAAAAAAAGAAUUCGGUGGUUGCAAUGCUGAUUCCGGACAAUUUUGCUUAUGAAAUCAAGGCUGCUAAAAUUGAAGUUCCCACCAACCCUAUGACGGUCUCAGCUGGAUUUUUGUUCGCUGAUGCCACGGGAUUUGAUGAAAUGAAGUACUUCAAUCCAGAUUCAAAUGACAUAUGUCCGACACGAAUUCCAAGUAGAUGGGACCCUUAUGACUUGCAUGCCAGUGGAUUUCUAAUGAAUGGAUCGCCUUGGAUUUGCAGCAAAAGACUUCAUAACUUCCCCACAGUCAAUUGCUUGAAAUAUGACAUGGAGGAGCAAGAUUGGCUUCCACCAACAUUUAUUGACUUCCUUUUUCGUACAGUUCGUAACCCUUGUCAGCUCACACCCAACAAAGUUUGGAUAACAGGAGGCAACCCCUAUGUGGAAUACGAUGAAUGGGAUGGCACUUCUGUGGUCAUAGAAAAUGGAGUUUUCGACAACGGUCCCGAAUUUCCCGAAAAAGACUAUGGAUUUGGUUUACACUCGACAGUUUUGUUGGAAAGGAACCAAACAUUUGUUACCGGCUUUAAUGGAAAGCACUACACUUACAUCUACAACUGGACAGACGAUAGCUGGCAUCAGGUGUCAAGGACCAAAAAUGACUAUAUCAUCGAUUGCGAACUUUUAAGAGAUCGAAACUUUGUAUAUUGCCUCUCAAUAUUUAACCUCGAGCUCCCGAGAAAAAGCCCCCUUCUACAAAGGCAAACCGAUCAUAAUUUCGUCAAGUCAAUUUGGACUUUUGACCUAGCUUCCUCGAUGUGGUCCCUGGUUACCCGAGUGGAAACUAGUUAUUUUGAAGGUCGUUUCAUUCGCCUUGAAGGAGGUUUAUACUUCAUUGCAUUGAAUGAGACUCAAUUAGCGAUAUCCAAAGUUAACGAAGAUACCCUCGUUUUGGGUCCAGCAAAGACGUUACCAAACGGUUUUUCUCCCUACAUGGCAAUUCCAUUUGACAUCCCAGGAUUCACUAAUUGUUCUACAAUUACGGAUACCAUACACCCCUCCCCAAUUCCGGAGCAACUCUACUUUUUCGUAACUACGGAGGAGGGAGUUGCUGUUUAUCAUGCCGUGGACUUACACGAAUCGAUUUGUCAUCUCCCCAGACCAGGCUCAAUUGAAACUGACGAAGUCUUCAGUUUUGCUUUGGAAAACAAUCUUUGGUCCUGUGCUCGUCAAACUGGAAAAGAGUUGAACUGCCAACAAUUUUACUUCGAAGAUGGUCUGUGGGAGUCAUUCUUUGAAAAGCCUUUGUUUGGCUCACUCACUGAGAUAGUCCCAUUUAAUUCAACAACUGCGCUAUUACUACGGUCUACAACUCCAUCGAUGUCAGAGGGUACAUUCAUUUCAUCAAGUGGUACGUCAAGAGGCCCAGAGUUACCCAUUCACAUCAACAAUAUGCAAUUCGUUCGAGUGGACGAAAACCAUUUUUUUUCGGCUGUCUGGGAUACUGGUUACACCUUGCCAGAACUGAUAUCUAGUGAAGGAAAUCAUUUUCCCGGCGGCAAGAUCGAAUCUACACCAUUCCUCGACUGUAGCAGUCACAUAUGUACCUCUUCAAAUGAGCGAUGCGUAAUUUGCAUUUCAACGCCUCAACCAACACGAGUAAAAGUGUGGCAAUUCCAAAUCCCAAGUUUGGAUGGAACUGAACUCUCUUUCCUUUCGCUUGAGAGGGAAGUCCAAGACGCAAAGUUCAUCGAAGUUGGAGCAGAUCAAUUAUUUCUCAUUGUUCAAGAUGAUGUUUUUGAUACAUUUUACUUGUUUGAUAACAAUUUGAGAGAAUUCAAGCCAGUCGAAAGCAUCCCAUCAACAUCCAAGUCUCCCUUGGAUAUUGUGGGACUACUUAUGGAAAGCAGCCCCUGUGUUGGGGGGGACCCCACCCCACACGAUAUGGAAAUCCCCGAACCGGAUGCGACAACCAUCCCCCCAGAUAAUGAUACUACAACACAUAGCUUCAACUGAAAUUUCGCCUUGGAAUAGUUCGUCAUCUAUAUCUUAAUUUAUCAUUUCGUAUAUAAAGAACCUCACUUACAAGCAAAAUGGCUUAUUGAUCUCAGAAUUCGUUUCCUUGGAAUCAAAAUGUUCCCAAAUUCCAAGAACUCGACAAGAAUAAGAAGAGUUUACGAUCAACCGAUGUUUGAAGUUGUACAUAUAAGCCUCGUUUGGUUGCGUUGGAGGUUGGUG